CUUUUCUAUCCAUUCUCUGCCGAACUAGUCGUCAAUCAAAAUCCCAAAGCAAUGGUGACUCUAAACGCUUCUUCUCCUCUCACGACCAAGUCAUUCCUCCCCUACCGCCACGCUCCUCGCCGUCCGAUCUCUUUCUCCCCUGUUUUCGCCGUUCAUUCGACUGACCCCAAGAAAUCUACCCAAUCAGCCUCCGCUUCGGCUAAAUGGAGUAUAGACAGUUGGAAAUCGAUGAAAGCUUUGCAAUUGCCGGAGUAUCCUGAUCAGAAGGAUCUCGAUUCGGUUCUACAGACGCUUUCUUCUUUCCCUCCUAUAGUUUUCGCUGGUGAGGCGAGGAAACUAGAGGAUAAGCUCGGUCAAGCGGCUAUGGGUCAGGCCUUUAUGCUUCAAGGUGGUGAUUGUGCUGAGAGUUUCAAGGAAUUCAACGCUAAUAACAUUAGAGAUACCUUCAGGGUUCUUCUUCAGAUGGGUGUUGUUCUCAUGUUCGGUGGCCAGUUACCAGUUAUCAAGGUUGGAAGAAUGGCUGGUCAGUUUGCGAAGCCGAGAUCGGACCCAUUUGAGGAGAAAGAUGGUGUGAAGCUGCCGAGUUACAGAGGAGAUAACAUAAAUGGUGAUGCUUUUGAUGAAAAAUCGAGGAUUCCUGAUCCUCAUAGGAUGGUUAGAGCCUACACACAAUCUGUGGCUACGUUGAAUCUCUUGAGAGCAUUUGCUACUGGAGGUUAUGCAGCUAUGCAGAGAGUUAGCCAGUGGAAUCUUGAUUUCACCCAACAUAGUGAACAGGGUGACAGGUACCGUGAAUUGGCCAAUAGAGUUGAUGAGGCUUUGGGAUUCAUGGGUGCAGCUGGACUUACCAAUGCUCACCCGAUCAUGACUACUACUGAGUUUUGGACUUCCCAUGAGUGUUUGUUACUGCCUUAUGAGCAAGCACUCACAAGAGAGGAUUCAACAUCUGGACUUUACUAUGAUUGUUCUGCGCACAUGCUUUGGGUUGGAGAACGAACUCGCCAACUUGAUGGUGCCCAUGUUGAGUUUCUGAGGGGAAUCGCUAACCCCCUUGGAAUCAAGGUGAGUGAUAAAAUGGUCCCUAGUGAACUGGUUAGGCUGAUAGAGAUACUAAACCCUCAGAACAAGCCUGGAAGGAUUACAGUUAUUGUGAGAAUGGGAGCUGAGAAUAUGCGGGUUAAGCUUCCUAAUUUGAUCAGAGCAGUACGAGGAGCCGGUCAGAUUGUGACUUGGGUUAGUGAUCCAAUGCACGGAAACACAAUCAUGGCUCCUGGUGGGCUAAAAACUCGUUCUUUCGAUGCAAUCAGGGCGGAAUUGAGAGCGUUCUUUGACGUGCAUGAUCAAGAAGGGAGUUUCCCUGGUGGGGUUCAUUUAGAAAUGACAGGGCAAAACGUGACAGAAUGCGUUGGAGGGUCACGCACCAUCACUUACAACGAUCUAAGCUCACGCUACCACACUCACUGUGACCCGAGGCUCAAUGCUUCUCAGUCUCUGGAGCUUGCAUUCAUCAUUGCAGAGCCUUUCUCAACCGUCACGGCCACAGCGAUGGCUCGAACCACUGGUGGUCCUUCAUUGCCUCUCCUCACUAUUUCUAAAGCUCUUAACCGUCACUUCUCCGGCGCCAGACACCUCCAUCCUCUAUUGCUUGCUCGCUGUUCUCCCGCCGUGCGACGUCUUGGUGGGUUUCAUGGCAGUCGAUUUACUUCGUCGAAUUCAGCUUUGAGAAGCUUGGGAGCUGCUGUUUUGCCGGUAAUCCGACACCGUUUGCAGUGUUUGUCGAGCUCAUCGCCGUCUUUCAGGAGCAUCUCAAGUGGCGGCGGCGGUGCAGGAUUCGGUGGGUAUAAUGGUGGAAGCGGCGGCGGUGGUGGCGGAGGAUCGGAGAGUGGUGAUUCCAAGUCAAAAUUGGGUGCUGGAACAAAUGAUGGUGUCUCUGUUCCGUCGUCAGAUAUCAUUAUUCUCGAUGUUGGAGGGAUGACAUGUGGAGGUUGUUCAGCAAGUGUGAAGAAGAUACUCGAAAGCCAACCUCAAGUUGCUUCUGCUAGUGUUAAUCUCACCACCGAGACAGCAAUAGUGUGGCCUGUACCGGAAGCUAAAAGUGUACCUGAUUGGCAAAAGAGUUUAGGCGAGACGCUUGCAAACCAUCUGACCAAUUGCGGGUUUCAGUCUACUCCUCGAGAUUUGGUGACAGAGAAUUUCUUCAAAGUUUUCGAAACAAAGACAAAAGACAAGCAGGCUCGCUUAAAAGAGAGCGGCCGCGAGCUUGCUGUUUCAUGGGCCCUAUGUGCUGUAUGCUUGGUUGGCCAUUUAACUCACUUUCUAGGUGUUAAUGCUCCCUGGAUUCAUGCAAUCCAUUCAACAGGGUUUCAUGUGUCCUUAUGUUUGAUUACGUUACUUGGUCCUGGACGCAAGCUAGUACUUGAUGGUAUCAAGAGCCUUUUAAAAGGUUCCCCAAACAUGAACACGCUAGUUGGUCUUGGGGCUUUGUCAUCAUUUUCUGUUAGCUCACUGGCAGCCAUGAUUCCAAAAUUGGGUUGGAAGACAUUUUUUGAGGAACCAGUUAUGUUAAUAGCUUUUGUGUUGCUGGGAAGGAAUCUUGAACAGAGAGCUAAAAUAAAAGCCACCAGUGAUAUGACUGGCCUUCUCAGUGUUUUGCCUUCAAAAGCUCGCCUUCUGCUUGAUGGUGAUCUGCAGAAUUCAACUGUUGAGGUCCCUUGUAAUAGUCUCUCUGUCGGUGAUCUAGUCGUCAUACUACCAGGAGAUCGAGUUCCAGCAGAUGGUGUGGUCAAGUCAGGUAGAAGCACCAUUGAUGAGUCAAGUUUCACAGGUGAACCAUUGCCAGUGACAAAAGAAUCAGGGAGUCAAGUCGCAGCAGGAUCUAUAAACCUGAAUGGAACUCUUACCGUCGAAGUGCAUAGAUCAGGGGGUGAAACUGCAGUUGGGGACAUUAUUCGUCUGGUUGAAGAGGCUCAGAGUAGAGAAGCACCAGUACAGCAGUUGGUUGACAAGGUCGCAGGGCGCUUCACGUAUGGAGUGAUGGCACUCUCUGCAGCUACAUUUACAUUCUGGAAUCUUUUUGGCGCACAUGUUCUUCCUUCUGCCUUGCAUAAUGGGAGCCCAAUGUCUUUGGCCCUUCAACUAUCUUGCAGCGUUCUGGUUGUGGCUUGUCCUUGCGCCCUUGGGUUGGCUACGCCAACUGCAAUGCUGGUUGGUACAUCAUUAGGAGCAAGAAGAGGAUUACUUCUUCGUGGUGGUGAUAUUCUUGAAAAGUUUUCCUCUGUUGAUACUGUUGUCUUCGACAAAACUGGGACACUGACAAAGGGACACCCUGUUGUGACUGAAGUUAUUAUUCCUGAAAAUCCAAGACACAAUUUUAAUGAUACUUGGUCAGAAGUAGAGGUUUUGAUGUUAGCAGCUGCUGUUGAAUCAAACACUACUCACCCUGUUGGGAAAGCGAUUGUAAAAGCAGCCCAGGCUCGUAAUUGUCAAACUAUGAAGGCAGAGGAAGGAACAUUUACUGAAGAACCAGGGUCUGGUGCCGUUGCUAUUGUCAACAACAAAAGGGUUACAGUUGGGACCCUCGAAUGGGUCCAGAGACAUGGAGCCACCGGGAACUCAUUACUUGCAUUAGAAGAGCAUGAAGUUAACAACCAGUCUGUUGUAUAUAUUGGGGUGGAUAAUACACUUGCUGCAGUCAUCCGUUUUGAAGAUAAAGUCAGGGAGGAUGCUGCUCAAGUUGUUGAGAAUUUGACUCGCCAGGGAAUUGACGUGUACAUGCUGUCUGGUGACAAGAGGAAUGCUGCCAAUUAUGUAGCUUCUGUCGUAGGAAUUAAUCAAGAACGGGUUAUAGCAGGAGUUAAACCAGCAGAGAAAAAGAAUUUUAUCAAUGAACUUCAAAAAAAUAAGAAGAUUGUUGCAAUGGUGGGUGAUGGAAUAAAUGAUGCUGCUGCUCUGGCAUCAUCUGAUGUUGGAGUGGCCAUGGGUGGUGGUGCAGGAGCGGCCAGUGAGGUGUCUCCCGUUGUCUUGAUGGGCAAUCGGUUAACACAGUUGCUUGAUGCAAUGGAGCUAAGUCGGCAAACCAUGAAGACCGUGAAGCAAAACCUUUGGUGGGCGUUCGGAUACAACAUUGUAGGAAUCCCAAUUGCGGCUGGAGUGUUGCUACCAUUGACUGGAACCAUGUUGACUCCAUCAAUGGCGGGGGCUCUCAUGGGUGUAAGCUCUCUCGGUGUCAUGACUAAUUCCUUACUUCUAAGGUACAGAUUCUUCUCGAACCGAAACGACAAAAAUGUCAAACGGGAACCAAAAGAGGGAACAAAACAGCCACAUGAGAAUACAAGAUGGAAGGAAAGCUCUUAAACGGGGCAUUUCCGCUUCACUGAGGCACGAUAUCAUUGAUUUUUGCAGAGAUAAAUCUCUUUUUAGUUUACUUUUCAUUCUUAGCCAUAAUUUUGGCUCUUGUUCUUGAGAGGGUUUGUUAGGGUAUUGAUAAUUUGGAGAAUCAUCUCGACGUGAUUUUUCAAACAAUUGCUUUGAGCUUGUAACACAGCCACAAUAACACAUGGUCCAAACU